AUGAAUACCUCAACACUUGGACUUUCUAGGAAACCAAGCUUAACCCAAGAGAGAGAAAAGCUUGAACGCGACCAGGUAUAUUGGAAGCCUUAUAAUUUUAAUAAUAUUGGUUUUAUGGGUUUUAUGGGUAUGAUUUUUGUUUGAAUUUGUCAAAAGGCUUUUCGUCUUUCGGGACAAGUUAAAUUUUCCAUGUCCUUAAGGGCGAAUUUCGAUUUGAUAGUGUUUGUAUUUUCAUAGUGGUUCAAUCAUAACAUCGGAUUGCGAUCGUGGCAGAAUGAAUCCAAUUUGAUUUCUUUAAUAACAAUUGAAGAAUUUAACUGUGAAAGAGCAAAAUAAAUAAGAAAUAUCUUACUGACGUCAUUAGGUUUAAAAAAUAAUAACUUGGACUUAACAUAAAAUUUGGAAACAAUCUGCCUCUCUGUAUUAAUAUUUGUGCUGUGUUAAGAUUUUUAUUAUCAGCGUCCGAUUGCCAUUGUUUUGUUUUGGAACGUAAGCUUAAUUAACAACAGUGAAAGAUCGACGGUUAAUUGGCGUUAGUUUCUAGCAUGACAAUAUUGAAUUCGGGCCCUUGUUUCUGGGUAUUUCCGUAGAGAAAUUGCUGCUAAUUAGCACACCAAUUGUGGCAGAGACUAAGGCAGAGUUGCAUGAAGCAGAUAUGCAAAGGACGGCUCUGUAGUCAACACUCUCAAAUGUAAAAAAGUCACAUGUGAAUUGUGAUGGUUCACUGCACAUACUAAGCUUAUAUAUAAGCUUAAACUUCUGUAUGGAAACGUAAAAAUGUUGAAAAAAAAAUGAAAACGUGAGCUAUUUAAAAGCAGCAAAAUUUUCUUUUUCCUGCGACUGGCCAAAUAAAAAAAAUAUGUAUGUUAUAAAUCAGGGAAUGUACAUCAUUCCAAAAUGUGAAGGUCACAGUCUAUAUAUAUGCCCUCUCUUGCCAAAGUGUCUGAUUUAUAAAGUUAUAAUUAUUAUUUCUUGCCAUAACAUCAUAUAGUACAGUAAGAGUUUGAACUAAUGUAAUUCGAACAAAUCAUUCUUGUUGUCUUUAGAACUAAUGUCUGGUACUUUUAUCUGUAAUUAUUACAUACAACUAUUGUCCCAAUGCGGAAGGUGUGGAUAUUGUACUGAGAGGCAAAGUGUCAAGUAAAUACAUGUAUCUUGCACUGUGCAUCAACCUUAAGGGUGAUAGUUGUUUUAGUAUUUACUAAAUCAGCUAGAUCAAAAUGGAAAACUAAUUUUUGUUUAAAAAAGAUAACACUUAGUGACAGCUUUCUAUGGUAUAUAGAGGAUGUUAUAUGAGGGUGCGAAGAUAUGCAUUUUAUUUUCGAGUGGCAAAACAAUAUUUUACGAGUGAGGGCAGUGAGUGAGUAAAAUAUUGUUUUUGCCAUGAGAAAAUAAAAUUCAUAUCUUCAAGCCACUGUGUAAUGUUCUUUUCAUUAUAUACACAAAAAGACAUCGAUAAAAUAAUAGAGGGAAAUUACCGAAAUUACGUCAUCGAUAAACUCACAUGUGAGAUUAUGGAAAAUAAUGCACCUAUCAAUGUAAACCCCGGGGGGGGGGGGGGGAGUGCAGGCAAGGGGUGGGGUUUGACAAAUUUUGAAAUUUUUUGAUCAAAUUCCCCAGGGUGGGAAACGAAAGGUCAAUCAAAAGUGUCAAAAAAGCCCCCACCCCAGGGGAAAAAAUCUACACAAACAAUGCUAUAAUACUGUAUAAAACAAAUUAAAAAAACAGUUCAAAAAUACGUCCUUACUAAACGUAAGCUCCGUUAAAUUACUCGCUGUAAUUAAGUAUUUUCUCUCUCCACUAGCAUGUCUUAUUUUGAACAACGCAAUCACUCUAGGAAGAUUGACCGUGCUAUUAUAAUAUUAAUGAAACGUAAAAUGUUUUAUGACAUCUGCUCAACAUGUCGGAACAGGUUGGAUCAGUGACCCGUAAAAAAUCCUCUGACUUUCAUUGUGGAAUUCGAUUUCAAUCGAGUUUUACAAUCAGAUGGGAACUUGAAGAUAAAAACUUUCUCAAAAUAGCUGACAUUAUCUGUUUAGAUGACAGUUUAAAGUAUCGGAUUAUGGCGAUUAAAACAAAUGAAAACUUCACACCUUUCUCCAACAGCGUGACUUUCAGAAAGCCUUGAGGGACGGAUUUGGUAACUGCCUCUGAAUUGAUACCAGGCUUCUGUCGGUCAAAGUCAAAUGUCCCGACCCCGGGGUUGCUUCACACGAUCAAAAGCCCUACAGGGGGGUAGUCUCAGGCAUCAAAUCCCCACCCCUUGCCCGCAUCCCCCCCCACAGGAUUUACAUAGAUAGGUGCAUAAACCACUUGGGUCCUGGAUGUAGUUUUUAUGAAUAUUACGAGUGGUAUAUUUUCCAGUAAAACACUUGUGUCUAUACAAUAAACAUGUUUUAAUGACAGUGUUUUGGGGAUUUGUCGAGUGCAUAAUUUUACCUGCUAGUAAACAACGACAAGCCAAAUGUUGUUGCUUUUCUGGUAAUUGUUGGUAAAGCUGCUUCAUUUGUUGUUUAAGGGUUGGGUUCUAAAAACUGUUGUAAAAUGGGAUGCCAUUGUGACUCCUGUCCCAAAACAGUGAAUAGCUAAGGAUAUUCCAAGUUACAGGAGCCAAUCAAAAUGUGCACAAAUUGCUAUCCACUGGUACGGUAAAUACUAAAUAUUACAUGAAUAAUGCUGUAUAAAGUUAUGCAAUUCUAUUUACUUUUUAGGUAGAAGCAAUUGCCAAAGCUGUCAACAAUAUUGAGUCUGCUGUCAAAGAGAAACACAUCAGAAAUAUCCUUGAAUAAAUAUUAACAAUUGUGUUGCUUAGUGGAGGUGGGUGCCUGGGGUGUCUAGGAACUUCCCUUUUUGGCACAGCCAGCCCCUAGACAGAGCUGUGCCCCUAUGGCUGGCAAACCUGUGCCCUCCAGCCAUGAGACCCCUAACCAAUGGAACCAGGCACCUGUCAUACUGAUUUAUCAGUGGAAAAUAAAGUGGGCGGGACAAGGGAUGGUUGUAAAAAAAUGAUCCAAAGGCUAGAUGAAGAGAAUGGCCGCCAGGAAAACAGUGUAUUGAGCGUACGGAGGUGAUGCAAGCAAGGCUGACCACGCUUGAGCUAAACCAGUGACUGCUGACCACGCCUGUGCUCCUCGUUUUUAACUGUGUUAAAUAAACCUCAUUUAACAACUGCAUCACUUAGUGGAGGUGGGUGGCCAGGAUGUCCAGGGGAUUCCACUUUUGGCACAGCCAUUCCCCAGACAGAGUUACGCCCCGAUGAAUGGCAAACCCGUGCCCUCCAACCAUGAGCCCUGAAGGGACCUCUGAGCUGAACACCAAGCUCAGAGAGAGGGGGCUCAUGGCUGGGAGAAACUUGAGCCCCUACAUGUCAAUCCCAAAGGCACCCACGUACACUGAGCAUGAAGAAACAUACAAAGGCUAAACAAGACCCAAGUGCCAAACGUACGGCGCCGACACCCCAUUAACGCCUGCUUCGCAAGUGGAGGUUGGGUGCCCAUGGGCCAGGGGGCUGUAACCGCAAUACACCCCAAGGUGGACGAGCACCCACAGGCCUACCAACCCGCAACCCAGCCACAAGCCCCUCCACGCCCAGUCCCCCACUAUAGCACCCGUCACACUGAGGCCAGAAGCCCAGUGGAAGUAAAAUGAACAAACCCCCCAAAGAAUAAAUAACUAAAUAAAUAAAUUAGAAAGAAAGCGGAGGGAGGGAGGGGAACUAAGAGAAAUGCUAGGCUACUGGAAUGCCACGCCACGCCAUACUAACAAAGCUUCGAGUACAAUGCAAACACAACGUAGGCACAUGGCCUCCGCAUGCUCCAAAGCGACAUACCGCUGGACAGGAAUCUGCCCCCAUGCUCACGAACAAUGGUAAACGCUACAAACGCAAACAUAGUCACGCAACAAUGCUACAGACAACCAACACGCUACCAAAGAAUGCCAAAAACACCCGAGACCAUAGCUCCUAGUCGUUAGCUACAUUAAAUAUGAUUUAAUGGUAUUAAACGCUACAAACGCUGUAAAAUGGCACAAACAUCCAAUGCUCAACAUCCCAUAAACACUACUAAUGCUGUAAACGCCAAAAGGGUCCAACCCCAAUGCCCCAUCACUCUAAAUGCCAUAAAAUGACCAGCCUUGUACAUAAAAAGUUAGAAUUUUAUUAUGAAUAGCUUGAAGUGCUGUCUAAUUACUCUCAAACCUUCCUUAAUUUUGUUUAUGUGCGAUUAUUGGAACAUGGCACGAGAAAGGUGCAUCAAUUUUCUGGAACUCAUUAGGACGUAUGCCAUUACCUUCACAAGUCAUCAUGUGCUGGAAAGCUAUGUUGGUUAUUCACAAGUUGCUGAGGGAAGGCCAUCCAAAUGUAAGUAUUGGUAAUUUAACUAGUCUUUUAGCUAUUUCAAUAAACAGAAAUAUGUGAAAGACAUCACAGAAAAAAUAUGAUUUAAACUGACUGAAUAUUAGAGAGCUUUAGAUUCUCAUAUGAGGAUGACUACGAGAAUGAGAUUUUCCCAAUACUAAGUUGUGGGCACGUGCGAGCAAGCGUGAUUUUGGCAGGAAAAUGUGAUAGCCAUCGUCAUUCUACCACAUGUUUUAGCGAGAAUGUCGUAGUGGAGAAAACAAGUGAGCAAAUUUUAGGAAUUUUAUCAUUUAGCAAUUGGGAGAGGGCUUUGUUCAACAUCACUGGGUUGGGAGAGAAGGGUAAGAAACCCUUCUCUCUCCCUCUUUCUUUCCUCCUCCUUUUCCCCUCUGCUUUGUCAUACCGAGUUCCGAAAAGCAAUUUUGUUUUUGCAAUGGCCUUAAGACACCCGUAAAUUUAAAACAUCAAUUGAAAGAGCCAAUCUGUAUAUUUACAGCAAUUAGUCUUGUUUCACAUAUGUAUUUUGGAGGAAAAAAAUGGGAUUUAGGAAAGUGAUAAAAAAUGGUAAGAAUGGGAUGUGGGAUUUUUGUGAAAAAGGUGCUGGAAUAUGGAAUCAGAACCCCCCUUCCAGACCCUCUAUCUUUAUCAUCAGUAGUAUUAUUAUAAUUUGCAUGUCCCAGUAAUUAAUAUCCCCCUUUUUUCUAUCUAAACAGGCUCUGAAGGAGUCUCUUAAAUACAAGCAGAUGCUGAAGGAUAUGAAAGAAUUCUGGGUAAUUUAGAUUAAUAUAAGUCAGAAUGAACAAAUAAAUGAAUUGAAAAAAUUUCAAACCUGUACAUUUGUACACAGUAAAAACUUGUGCUUCUCUUUACAUUUAAAAAUUACCAGGUUUUACAGUGCGACUGGGAAAACCGUGAACACUUGAAUCACAGCAAAGAUCAGGACAUACAAACUGGCCACAAAACCACAAACUAAUUAACGUUCUUGCUUUAGUUUUCUCAUGCCUGAUUGGCUUUCCUCUUGCAAGACAAUAACGUUCCAGAAAUAUUUCUAGUGUUCACGGUUUUCCCGGUUUGACUGUAAUAUUGCCCAGGCCUCAGUUGUUCAAAAGGUGGGUAAUGUUAUCCACUGGAUAAAUCUCUUUCCAGUAGAUAACGCUAUUGGUUUCCCUAAUACCUAUAUUGGAUACUGAUUUUUCCGUUGGAUAGCGCUAUCUGACGUUUGAACGACCAGAACCUGGUCUCUGCUUGACUGCACAGGUCACAGGUCAAAAUUAAAUGCGGGUUAAAAUUUUUUAACGUAGGUUGAUUCUCAGUUUCCUUCUAAAUUUUUAAAGGAAAGUAUGAAGCAGAACUAGAAUUUUUUAGAGCUCAUUCAACCAAAUUUCUUCUGUGGUGUAGUGUGGAUAUAUUUCUGGAGUAACUACUAUAGAAUUUGCUUACCUUUACGUAAUAGAUGUUACUGUUCAACAGCCAGAUGAAAUAAUAUUAAAAUUUGUUAAUGUAGUAAUUUUAAACAGAGCUUUUUUAUGUGAACUUCAUUAACUCACUGAGACAAUAAAGUGCAUUUUCUGACUAUCAUAGAAACAUUCCGCAAAAGGUGGCUAUGGUUGGUUAAUUCACUCCUAUCUGGCUGUGAUUGUAGCCAAGUUGGACUUCCAUAAUAAGGUAGGCCGGAAAUCAAUGAAUACAGUAGAAGCUCUGCUAAUGGACACUCUUGUAAGAGGACAGGCUACUUACGGCUGCCUUCCCAAAACUGCCAAGAGUUUUAAAACUCACCAGUAGCUGAUGAAUGGUCUCUGUUGAUGAUCAACAGAGAGCAUUGAUCAGCUAUGAUCGUGCCAUAACAGUAAUAAAAAUAUUGUUGUGAAAUUAUAUUCAAUAAUUUCAAAAAAAUUAUUGUUUAUCUACAGAAUCAAAAUUUUAUGACUUUGCUGCAUGUCAUGUCACACUUGAAUUGGAAUCUGGAACAGAAUUAAUAUUGAUCCAUGAUUACUAUUUCAAUAGUUAAAUAUAAUAAAAAUUCUAAUUUUUUCUAUCUAAUCCUGUGAUUUUGUAGAAUGAGUCAAUUCCAGGCACUCUUCGUAAUAGUGAUGGAGGACCAAUCGUGUAUUCUGGAACAGAUGUCAAUGAUUAGUGAGUACCUAAGACAUAUAAAUGAAGUAUAAUUUAAUCUAUUUUAUAGUGAGAAGUAAAGCUGUCAUUGCUCUGAUCUGUUGAUUUAAGUUUUAUAAAAAGUGUAGUGGUUUCUAAAGGAAGAUAUAUUGGAAAUUAAUAGUAUCUUUCACACACAGCUGUCUGAUAAUAUUUUGUUGAUAUAAUCCUAUCCAUAGUUUUGAGUUGUCAGUAGAUAUAUUUGAUUACCUGGACACAUUGGUGGAUCUCGAGAAAAGAGGUAAGUGAAGGAUCAUUUAAUCACUGACUUUUUUUGUUUGCUGAUCAGACUAAGCUGUUAUAAUUAAACUGGCUUACAAACUGAGCUUCUGACAUUUUAUGGAACUGUUUGGAUUGGUACAUGUAGCUCUUAUCACUUAAGUCAAGUUGCCUACUUUUUAAUCUGUCCACAAAAGCCUGUCCUUGGAUCUGCACAACUUGCAAAUUUUUUGAAACAACUAUUUAAUUUUAGUAACACUUCAAGUAGUAAAUUUUACCGGUUACUACCUGGUAAGGAGAACACUGUGUUGUGUGUUUUACCACCAAAAAAAAAUAAGUUGUCAUACAAUAAAUCAGGUUGUGAACAGGUUUGACGUGGUUGGUAAAAUGUGCAACAUCACUUUUCAACUCAAUUUGCCGUAAUGUUGCAAAACAAGUUGUUGUUUUUAUUGCCCUUUUUACCAAAGCUUCAGGUUGAAUGCUUCCACUUUUAAUUAGGAGGACAUAAUUUUUUAUUUUAACACAGCCAAUUUACCCAGCUAAUAAAACUUUGAAGUUCUUGGAACUAAAAAUAUUCCACUCUUUUACAUUACAUUUUUAAUUUAACUAAUUUCGUGACCUCUCUCCUCCACAGAGGCACAUGUGGUUUAGUUAAGAUCUAUUAAAAUUAUUGCAUCAAAUCUUUGUUUGUAGUAUUUAGCACACUUGAUCCAUUCCGUGCAAGUUCUCAGCUCCAAGCAGUGCAGUGUAGGAUUUGUCCAUUUCCAGUCAUUGUCCAGGUAGUUUAUAUAACUGCUGAACUCUUUCGUUUCAACCAUGAUGUUACGGUGAAAUUAUUUGUCAAGCUAACUUUUAUAUCUGUGGAUGAAAUCCUAUCAUUUUACAAUUUUAAUAAAACCUCUUUGACAGAGCUUUUGAAUAGUUUUAUCUAUGGAUUUUACUUAUUAAAAAGAAAUUUAAUUUUUUUUUGUGAAUUUUUCUUUGACCACAAUAAGGAUUAAAAGGGUUUCUUUAAGUUUUAAAAUUGUAUGUCAAUCAUUCAAAACGUAGUAAAAAAUAAUAAUCUGCCUGCGCUGAUUUGCCAAGUUAUAGUUACAAGUGAAGCUAAGGACAGACUGCCUAUACGGUACUGAUCAAUGAAUUAUACUAUUCGUUACAACCCACCUCUGCAACUGUUUGAUUUUUGAUUUUCAUUUCAAAUUUUCAGGAAUGUGGUGGCUUAUAUGAUAUUGUUGUGGAUAUAAUGUAUAAACUGCAUGCAAGUAAGAUGAGUUGUCACAAUUUUUAUGUCACUGGACUAUCGCAAAUAGAUUUAGUCAGUUACAUUUUGGCUAGUUAAUUCUGUUUUGGUAAUUGGGUCAGCAAUUAGCAUUUGAUAGUUUCAUACCUUUGCGGCAGUAUAUCUGGCUGAUCUAUUUAACCCUUUGUCAAUUAAAUUAUGUGUGAGUCCUUCUUCACUCACAUUUGCCAGUUGAACCUCUCGUACGCGAACACCCAAAAUCGCAGAGUUAGUGGUUGUUUAUGGAAGGUUGCUCCUUCCGACUAAUUGAACUGCUGGUUGGAGGUCUUGCAGAAUAACUCUGGACACUUCUACUUUUUGGACAGAAUGUAUUGCAAGCAUCUUGCUGUUGUUGGUGUUACAGUUUUUGUAAGGGCCUGUUUACAUGGAGGUGGGGGACCCCAGGAAGGUGAGGUAACCUGCUUAGGUAGGCUAACCUGCCUGUUCAUAUAAUCUCCAUUUUAAUUUGAUCUCAUUUACAUGAUAGGUGGGGUGACCCGCCACCUGUUACCUCACCUAUCUGGGGUCCCCCACCUCCAUGUAAACAGGCCCUAAAUCCAUAAAAGUUCUUCCAAUACUCUGAGUAGCAUUAAUUACAUACAAUGAACACAAAGAUCAAACCAUUGUAUCGGGUGGUCGCUUAGUAAUAAAAGCAAUGCAAAAUUAAAAAACUAUGAUCCUAAAAAAUGGUUGCAGUCAUUUAUGUUAUUUACUAGAAGUGCCUGUUUAAAAGAGGUCCCAACUAUCAGUUAUUCACUGAUAUAUGGACAGGUUUUUGGGGAAGCUGUUCUUCUCAAAUACUGAUGAAUGCUUGUAUUAUUAACUUCAUUGUUAAAACGUUUCCUUCACCUGUUUAAGGCUUGCCUGCAGAUACGUUGGUUGGACACCGAGACAGGUUUUACGCCCAUUUUGCAGAGUAAGCUGUUUUUGGUACUUUUUGUAGUUAAAUUUUAACAGUUGUCUUUUUCAAUUCCUUAGAUUUUGAAUUUUUUUCCAUUUUCCUUUUUCAGGCUAAAGAAGUUCUUCUUUGAUGCUGGAAACAUGGCAUAUGUGAAAGCUUUGGUUCCUGUUCCUGUUCUCCCCCAGGUAUACUGGCAAUUAUGUUACCAAGAAAUACAUGUAUUGAUUAUCUUUGUUAGCUUGUAUGCAUUUAUACGUAUAUAUGUAGGGUUCUCAAGAAGCACUAGCUAACCACUGGCAAAAAUCACCAUCUAGGUUAUCACAAAAAAAAAUUCCCAACACUUUUGUCUAAUCAACAAUCAAAACGCUUUUAUCAAGAAAGUGUGGUCAAUUAAAGGUAAUGUCCUUGUGGCUAAAAUUCCUUCCUUGAUCCCACAAAAUGCGCUGAAUUACAAUUUUGAAUUCAAGGCAACCAUCACAUUAAAAUUUUCUUAUAGGGGAUUCCCCAGUGGAAGGGAGGCAACUUCAUUAGCGGCUAUAUACGCCAUGUGAAAGCUGCGCCCCUUGUCUUUCAGUCUUUCUAAUUUAAAUUUUUACUGCCUACUCAGGGUUGUCAUUAAGAGCCGGGGGCCGGGGAUUUUCCCCGGCUACUAAGAGAGUGACCCCCAGCUACUUUUAUUGGAAAAUAGAAGAAAAAUAGAACCACAAGAAAUGCCGAGCUGUUUGAUUCUCUGCCUACUUGUUGUAUUUACCCGGCAACUUGAAAUCUUAGUGACAACCCUGCCUACUUAAUUUUUUCUCCUUCUACCUUACAUUUUGUGGAGGACCCUGCAUGUGGGCAUGUCAAAAAAGAAAUUAAUCAAUCCUUAAUUUUGAAUUGCUUUAUGUCAGAAUCCCCCAUCUUUUACACUGUCUGAUCCCAAACCAGUACUCGCAAGAACUAAAAGUUUUGAAGGACCCCCGCCCAAAUCAGUGCUGACUGAUGACUUUAAACGUCAAAGCCUUAUGGAGCCACUAACUGUUCCCAUGGCAACAGAAUCAUUAGUACAAUCAACUCCCCAGGUAUGUGUCAUCCUAAGUAAAUAGGGAGCUUAAGCAACAACGACAGCGACGGCUGCAAAAAUGUCACUUAAAAAGUGAAAACGCUCUGCGUCAAACUUCAUCGCGCUUAUUCCAUCUUGUUUAACUCAUCAAUUGCUGGGAAUUUUUUCUGGAGGUGAAUACUAAACGAGUGUAACAAAGUUCAGGAAAAGAAAACCAAAGUCUUUGUUUUGAGUUCAUGUCCUCCACAGUACAUGAAAUUAGGCAUUUUCACACCGUAGUCAUGCAGUGCAUGUCAAAGAAAUGUACAAAAAAGCUUGAUGGACAUGCAGAGGUGUUGUUUUGCCAAUCUAGACCUAAUGCUUUUUUGUCGUUCUUGUUGACAUCCUCUCGUCUUUGCUUAAGCUUCCUAACAAAUGGGAGCAAAGGGGUGGUUAAAUUUUACAACUAUUGAUUAAAUCUCAAACACCUUGAGCUAAACGUUUGGUGCUUUGGCACUGCAAGUUGAUUUUUAUUGACUAGGGCUCAAAAAUAAUUAAAAGUUACUGUCUAGCAAAGGUCCGGUCCAGGACAAGUAGAUUUUCUUGCUGGGCAAGUAAGUUUUAAAGAUCACUUGCACAAUGGGCAAGGGUCCAGAAAAGUCAUGCUCUAUUCUAGCAAGCGCGACGAGCAUGACGAGCUUGAAGUGGCCCACCAGGACAAACAAAAUGUGAGAGCUGCUUGCCCAAAGGAAUAGCUGCAUGGAAUUCAAGUUUUUUUGUGAGCCCUGUCAACCAUGGUCUACCUCAGGUGUAUGCUGAUGUUUUGUCAUUCUGUUUUGUAUGUUAAAUAAGACUCCAGAGGCUGAUAUUCUGGGAUUAACUGCAACAGAUGGACCCCAGCCAGAUAACAGGUUUGUCUUUCAGUGAAUACAUAGUUGAUUGAUUUCUUUAAGGACUGUUUCAACACUGUUUGUUUAUGGUUUCAGUGUGGGAGUGUCUAGCUGUUUAAAAAUAGCCUAUCUGUAGGGUUAAACUGAAGGAGAACAGCACUUAUUUUAUUCAGAGUCUUGAGAGUGAUAUACAUUGAUUCUUGAAUUAUUUUUCUUUGACUCCUAAGAAGUUUUCUAUUCUAUACUUAAAAUAUUUGUAAUUUCCGACAAACUUUUGAACCAUCUAACCCAUGGUGUAAUUCUGUUUUAGAGACUUCAUAAUAUAUCAGCUUCGCCAGGAAAUAGCACAAUUGAAGCUGGCUCUUGAACGGCAGGAACAAGAAGUAAGUUCCUUUUGGAGUAACAGGAUUACAGUCAUUUCUGACUUACAUGUACAAGCAAUGAAAGAGAAAAACUCUGAAAAGGAUUUUUUAUGGACAUUGAUUUUGUCUAGUGGUUUAUAACCAGUAAGUGUACAUGUAAUUUCUUCUGUUUUGUUUGUCCUUAGGCAAAAGCCAUUGAAGAUUCUCUCCGUUCGCAGAUUGCCAGGGUAAGUUAUAACCCUUUUAUCCCUAGCUAUAUAUAGGGUGAUCAACUUCUAACUUCUCCCUGUAGUACCACUGCUAAAACAAUCAUGAAGGUUGCGAGAAUAAAGAAAAUGAUCAACAAGUGAAAAAGGGCUUGAUUGUUAAACGUUCUCCUCAGUAAGAAAAUACUAAUCGGGAGUGUAUGGAGAAAUGUGUGGAGAAUAUCCAUACUGAUAUUUGGGAUAAAUGCAUACAAUGUAUGUGGGAAUUGCAUUUUUGUGGGCUUUUAGAAAGAGUAACUUCAGUUGGUACAUGUUACAGUUUGUUCUGAAUUCUUGUUUUUCUUGUGUUUUUAAGCUAACAGAUGAAUUGGAUGAGUAUAAGACAAUUGCAGAAAAGACCUGUGAGGUAAAUAAAUGCAUUGUUUUGUUGUCUUAUAUUUACUGUGAGCUUUCCAAAUGAUCUCCAUUUUUAAGGAUUGAAAAAAAAAAAAAAGGACAAAAAUAGCUCUGAUAAGGUGGAAAAAUAAACUGCCACCUGGUUAGCUCAGUUGGGAGAGUGCUGGUCGGCUGAGUGGGAGGUCGCAGGUUCAAACCCUGGCCGGAACAACACUCAGGGUCUAUAAACAACUGAGAAGAUUAAUUUAGUGCUGCCUUUGUAAUGACAUCUGCAAAUGGUUAGAUUAUUUUGUCUUCUCGGAUAAGGAAGAAAAAUCGUAGGUCCUGUCUCACAGCACUUUCACUGAUCUGUUCAUGUGGGAUGUAAAAGAAUCCACACCACUGUUCGAAAAAAAAUAAGGGGAUGUAGACCUGGGUGGUGUGGCCAGGUUGUGUGGUCAGGUUGUGGGAUUGGGUAGGGAUGGCACCUCACAUGGGACCUAUUAGUCCUGUUUGUGUUAGCCUGUUCCAGGCGUUCAGAUAGUGGGAGCAUUGCGAAGUCAAAAGGAGUGCGAAAAAAUAAAAGCUAAGGAGGAGGAGUCCCCCUCUACUUUUCAUCGCUUUCUUUACUUCGCACUGCUCUGCACUAUCUGAAUGCUUGGAACAGGCUAUGUUUGUGCCCAUUCCCUGUGGGCAGGCCUGUGUCCAGUAAAGCUGGUAAAAUAAAAUGUCAUCACACUGGCAACAGCAGUGCAGCAAGUCACCCUGACAAGGGUUUUCCUCAUCUACAUCCUAAGCUUCUUAGACGAGGCUGGGGAGAUUUGCUUGCUCAUGGGGGUCAAAGGCCAAAAAAAAUUUCAAACCAUACAGAAACUGUUGAAGAAGUCUAUGCCAGUCUUGUUUUUAGAAAAAAAACUGAUUACUGAACAAGAUACAAUGUAAUAUUAUUAUUAUUUAAUAUUAUGAUAUAUUUAUUAUUUCCAUACUUUUUAGGAAAAUGUACUUCUGAGAAAAGAUCUGGAGAGUAAAGAUGAUGACAAGAAAGGUAAAAUGUUGAUUUGAUUAUUUUUAUUUAUUUGAACAUGUUUGAAAAGAAUGGUGGGAAAUCAUCUAGUACCCAGUUCAGGGUUGUCCUUAAGAUUCCCAGUUGCUGGGUAUAUGCAAGCCAUUAUUUUAAAGUGCUACAUGAAAGCCUUUUUGAAUUCCAAAAGGCUUUUGAAUCAUAGAGAAGGGCUUUUAAAAAAUAAAUACGUAUAAUAGCCGUCAAUUAAUGUUUCAGAUUGGAGCUCUAAGAGUGCUUCUAAAGUGCAUCCAUUUCACCAUUUUUGAGCCUGCAAAGUUCUCAGCGGUUAACAAAUGAAUAAUAAAUAAAUAAAUAAUGAUUUGGAGGUAGCACAUCCACAAAGUGGUUAUUUGUCUACCUCAUUCCUGGUCGAAUUGGAAUUUGGAAAUGUUGGUUUUUGAGGAGAGGGGAAAACUGGAGUACCCGGAGAAAAACCUCUCGGAGCAAAGGAGAGAACCAACAACAAACUCAACCCACAUAUGGCCUCGACGCCAGGAUUUGAACUCGAGCCACAUUGGUGGAAGGUGAGCGCUCUCACCACUGCGCCAUCCCUUGCUCCCUAGCACUUGUGACGUAACAUGGUUACAGUUUUGUUUUACAGAUUUGUUUUUCGAUAUCUAAAAACUCCUAAUUAUUAUCUCCAUGGUAGGUGGCGCACUGUUUCUUGUCAAGGACUUGCCCUCAAAGUGUCAGAUUUGAAUCUCUUUACACUGACAAUAAUAUUACUGAAUUUUGUGUUUCUUACCUCCCCAAAUGAAACACUACGGUUUGUUUAAAUUCCAGCCCCUUUAAUUUGUCUAAUUUUUAAGAAGGGGUGGAGAAAUAAAAAAAAGAUAAAGCAUCAGUUUAUUGACUGAAAGUGUCUUUUACUCCAUUUUUGAUAGCUCGUAUUCACUGAGAUUUCUUUACAUCUUUCUGUAACUUCAGAUCAAAAAGGGACAUCAGAAGAAAAGUUUAACAAACUGAAAGGAAUGUAUGGAAAACUCAGAGAAGAACACAUUCAGCUGUUAAGAACUGUAGGUUGAAUACUCUUUUUGUUAUUUUAAGGAACAUUUCUUUACAGAGAGAAAGUUUAUUGGCAAUAUGUACUCUAUCUUCUUGAAAAUAUUGGUGAGUUUUCUGUUUGUUAAUUCAAACCUUCCUUUUUUCUCCACGUUUCUUACCAAAAUCUGGAAUAAUGACCCCCUUGUUUGAACCUUUACUGUUGAUAAAAUUUGUCAUCUAAUAGAAUUGUUAGUAUUAAUCUAUCGUGAUUCCUUUUUCUAGAAUGCGGAAGUGAAGCAAAAACUAAGUGGCUAUGAACGGGAAAAAGAGGUAACUGGUAUUAAUAAAUGAAUGGUUACUUGGUAAUUAGGGACCAAAAAAUCAAACACACAGAAACGAAUGAGAGAAAUGAUUGGUGUUAUUUCUCUGUAGUGUUAAUUGUGGUUAUAAUUCCAAGACAAAAGGAAAAUAACAAAUAAAACUGAUCCUAUGGAGUUUUUUUACUCCUCCCCCCCCGUUCCCCUCCUUCCUGCCCCCCCCUCCACCCCCUUCCAAGGAGUUAAACCACAACAGAUCUCGUUACUCUGGAUCUCUGGUGUCGUCAUCCUUGCAGGCAUUAGAUACCAUUUCUAGUGCAGCUUUACGGUCAUCACGCCACCAAGAAGUCGACUUGCCAACAACGAAUAACUCUGAAAUAAUUAACACGGAUAAAUAGUUAUGAUUACUUGCCUAAGAUUUUUACUUUUUCGUGAAGCUUAUUCGAAUUUGAAGUCGACCCAAAGACAAAUCUGUCGAUCCUAAUUGACGAUACUACGGUCAAAUUUCUCAUGCUCUUAAUGCUCUAAAUACUGGUUAUAGGUUCGUUGAAUGAAAGCUUUGACAUUUACCCUUAGGAGAAAAUUCCUGCUCAUGAAAGUUCUUUUCGAUUGUUGUGUAUAAUUGGGACUUUUUAAAACACUAAAGCUAAGUUCUAUCUUUGGUGGCAAUUUCGCUGGUGGCGAGAUGGUUUGAUGGUGAGAUGUUUUGAUACCCUAGUGCAACAUUCUCUUCAUCUAAAUGUGACAUGUUUGUUUGCCUUUUUUGGGAAUACAAUUCAAAGAAGAUCGAGAAGGAUACUGAUCACGGCCCAGCUUGAAUGAUAAUAAGUAGGCAUAAAACAUGUAACUUGUAUAUAAUUUUUUUUUCCAGGAAUUAAACCAAGCAAAUGAGAAACUCCAACAGGAAGUAGAUGACAAGGUAAACAAGUUUUUGAAUAUAGUACCGAACAAUUCUUUUUUCGUGGAUAAUUAAUAGCAAAAAUUGCAUUGGCAAGAUACAAUUUUAACAUAAGUAACUCAAUAGUUUUUAUUUACAAAUAAAUUCGACCCACCCUGUUUACUUUUGUAAUAAUUAAACAGUGGUUCUGGAAAGUACAGGUUACUUAAAACAAUGAUGUGGAAAGUGUCAGUAUUUGACUGCCUUGCUUGUAGGACUGGUCAUAAUAUUGAGGAAUGAGCUUUCAAAAGCUUAAUUUUAAAAGCUUAAUAAUGCAUAACUGUCUAAGGAGAAUAGGAUUCCUUCUGCAUAGGAGGGACGUUUUGCUUCACUAGAAAAUUUCAUUGUAGAUUAUAUUGUAAUAAGAAAUUUGUAGGUAGGUAAUGCUUGCCUGACAGUUGUAUUUCCUGUACUUUUCAUGCAAGAAUCCUCAAAACGUUACACUGUAGCUUCUGUUAGUGAUAUAAAUGUGCGUGUUUUUUUCUCGUAGUCAACAGAACUUCUGCAAGUAUUUCAAAAAGUCGAAAUGGCUGAACAAACUGGAAAGGUAUUAUUUUAAAGAAGAUGUAUGUAAGGGCAGAGCAACUCAGUAUAUACAAGAAUGCUGUAUUUUGAAAGUUAUUCCAUAGUCUGACCUAGUUAUAACUUUUUUUUUGGUUUUGUAAGGUUUAACGUUUUCCGCCGUAGUAGUGAUCAGUAUCUUAUUAUCCUCAGAAAAAUACGUUGCACUGAUUUCUAGACAAAUUCUGCUUAUGGACAUCUUAGCAAAAUGUAUGGAGCACGUUGUAGAGAAUCUAGGUGCUGAAAAGAGGGAUUAAAUAGUCAAAGCAGCCUAUAAGUACAGUAUGUAGCAUGUAGACAAACUCUCCACCUCCCAAUCUCUAGCAGCUUGCUUUGUUCCACGCUCGUGAUGCAUAAAAGGUAAGCUUGCUACCAGGCUACGAAAAUGAAACUGAAAAUAUUUAACUCGAGCGAUAUCGCUUUUUUUUUCUGAUUCAGAGAGCUGGAAAUGAGGUUGAAAGGCUGGCAAAAGAGCAUAAUGAGAAGGUAUUGUUUUUAUGUAAGAGUUAGAAUUUUUUUUUUGACGAAGUAUGUAGGGGGUACUGGAGGCCAUGUCGUUGGUAGCAUGGGAACCAUCCUGGAAGGUAUUCAAAUUUAAUAUCUGUCUUUUUCAAAAAUUGAACAGUAACGCUCGGAGGCUUUGCUCAUUUUUGCCAUUUAGACGGUAAGUUCUCUUACCAAAGCAAUGUUUUGUAGCGAGUACUUGGUAAAACUAGACAAAUUGAACUAGACUUCUUUGGUUAAAUCCCUUUAAUACCACGAACUUAACUGGUAAAGCUAUUCAAGAAGAUCCUGGGACAACUACUACCUCACGACCUCGUAGAGCAGUCAUUCUGUCGUAACAGACACCUCUGUAAGACGGACACCCAGAAAUGGUCCCUGCCUUUUUUUCGUCUUUUUCGCUGACUGUCUACAAUAAAGGUGUCUGUCUUACAAAGAGGUGAUUAGAGCCUUAUGAAAAGUAUAUGAAAAUAAUAAUAAUUAAAAAACAUAAAGUCCACGACAGUGUUGUGUUCUUUACUUUUCUACAAUAGCUUAGCCACGCCAUCUUGUUUGCCAAGGUGAAAAUCUAACUUUUUUGUUUUGAUUUUACUCCUUUAAAGAUCGCUUCUCUAAUGGACGAGUUAGAAACGCUAAAGAAAGAAAAGAGUGAUACAGAAGAAGCAAGGAAAAUAACUGAAGCACACAUCGAAUCAAUGAAAAAAGAUCAUGAAGAAAAGGUCUUUGAUACUUUUCUAUUACCUAGCUUUUUUAUAUUUAGACUUCAUCCACUUCGUUUUAAAACCACACGAGACGCUGUCGAAGCACAGACGUGCUUGUCGCCAUGUACAUGUACUCAAGCCCUCAACACCUUCAACAAAACCUUCGUUCAUGUGUAGCAGGGCAUGCGCAUUCCCUGCUAGCAGAGUUCUCUUUUCCCUUAGUGGUAUUCGCGGAACAGCCGAAUACCAGAGAAAAGAGGCCUCUGAAAGUAGGGAAGCAUGCACACUUCUAACUUGCUCAUCGUUUAAUUACUCGGAGGAUAUGGGGCACCACGGAGCUCUCAAAACGAGUUGAAGUUCGUUCUUAAAAGUCCAGAGCUCAACUUAACUCGAGCCGCAGCCAUGCUUAUCGAGGGCCAACUGUCUACCUCCUCUCAGACGGAAUUUUGAACUCUGUUGUGCUUAGUAUGGAUUCAUUUUUUUAAACCGUACUAGGGAUUUUUUCGCGUUUACCUUUAGGUUAAGCAAGGAGAUUCUAAUGGAGUGUGUGACGUAACCCUCUUUGUAUCGAGGAACUUGAGACGAUGAUACCAAUGAAAGGGUCUGGAUAUCAACUCUCGUUACGUGCUACGUGUUAUAUCCUUUAUUGUUUUCAGGUUGCAGCCCUUCAGAGUGAUCUAACAAAUGUUCAAAAAGGAAGAACAGAUGAAGAAGCAGCUAAAAGAACUGCGGAGGAAGCAAUUGAGAGGGAAAGAAAUGAAAAUAAGGAAAAGGUUGGUGUGUUUAAGACUACAGUUACGUUUAGUCAUACUGUACUUGGUUGUCAUCGAUAAAGGCAGAUACGGUCAUAUAAGCUUCUUUGGACAAAAUAAAAAUGUACUAGGACAGGGGCGGAUCUAGGGGGAGGGUGCAGGGGGUGCGCACCCCCGCCCCCUGAGAUGACCUGCUGUUUUCUAGUAUAACUGGUAUUCUGCAAAAAAAAACUAUGUGGUUUAUUGGUGUUGAAGUAGAGCAAGACACGACUGCACCCCCUCCUAAAAAAAAUCCUCGAUCGGCCCCUGUAGGAGUAAUUUUUUUCCGAUUGCUGAAUGUUAAAACACGUAAUAACAUUCAUCUUGGUACAUCACAUGAAACGCAUCGAGAUGCGGAUGUUACUUAGUUGUGCCAUCGCUGUUUCCUUGGACAGGAAACUUUGCCCCACCUUGUCUGUCGUAUGCUCUUUUUUUCGUAAAACUAGAAGUUGUACUAUAAGCAGACUUCAAAACAGUCGAUAUUUUUUAGUAGGUCAUUUGAAAACCCGAUUUCGAGUAAAAAAACUACUUUUUUUGCAGUCCACGAAAAGACAUAAUCUCUUUGUUAAACGUUUUUUAAGGACUUACGCUAGAAACAGACUAAAAAGCAACGUUAUUCUCCUUUUAAGAUUUCGUCUCUUAUGCUUGAGCUGGAGAAAUUGAAGAAGGAAAAGACUGAAACAGAACUUGCCAGAAAAACAGCAGAGGACCAGGUGGAAUCAACGAGAAAAGAUCAUGAAGCAAAGGUUCAUAUUUUCGUUACGUUUACAGACUUGAUAAACGGAGACAAUUACUAACGACCAGUAAGAUUUUGUUGUUGUUGUUUUUUCCUAAAAAAAUUUAGUAAAUUCCAUACACAGUUAUUUACCGUAACAAUACGGUUAUAGUGCAAUUUGUCGGUAGGUUAUUUUAUAGCCUGAAAUGUGCUUAAAACACAUGUCUUGAUAGGCAUAGUUUUCACCGAUAUGAUGGGUACGAUCACUGGAAAAAGUAGUACAAUGUUAUUGUUACAAUUUCACGAAUGCUUUUUCAUAUCAUUCACUACUUGACUGUCUAUUAUGUAUGCACUAGGUUACUGAGUUGGAAAAACAAAGACAAGAAGAGCUUAUGAAGGAAAAUCAAGAUCUUGUUGGUAAGGUUUGUUAAGUCUGUUGCUUUGCGUAAUACGGACAACGUUUCUUCGUAAAAUUUUGUACGCAACUAUCUAAAGGCCCGUUUACUCCGGAAAAUUGUUUGGUGAGAUUUUAAUAAGAUUUCUGGCCGAUUUGUUUGCGAUUGUUCGAUCUUUAUGUAGCGGUUGACAGUCCGUGCGACCUAUGAUUUUCAGGUAUGGCUAUAGAGACAGCCGAAAGAGCAAUACAAGACACACUGGACCAGUUUGCGAAUCCAAAACACAGUUCAACGACGUGCACAGCAGGUACAAACCAACAUCCUUUAUUUGUAGUGUUCGGUUUCUCCUAGACACCAUAAGAGCUAGAAGACCUCUUAGAUUGAAAACAAAAGACGGUAUCUUAAUGUCAGGACGUUGGUGUCAUAGUUCAGCUCAUCAAAAAUGUUGGGGAGACUGGGCACCAGGGGGUACUUACCAUUUAGGUGGAAAACCCGGAUGUUUCUGUUGGAAAAUCAAAUGGCUUCCACCAUUCCGGUUGCGAAGCUUCAGAAAACAUGGGCUGUGAUUUGAAGCGAUGCAAUUUUUCUACUCUUUUCAGUCUUUUCAUCUGGUUUGGAUAUGCUUUGUAACGGAUCGUUCUCCCACCACGUCAAAUUUUAUAGUUUUAUGUUUAUGCACAACAUUUUCACCCAGGUGAUUUUUGAAAAUGGUAAUUCCGGGUCUUGUUGCUGAGAUUUUUGGGAUCUUAUAGUUACCAAUAUUGGCUUAUUGGUGCCUUUGCGUCAAUCAUCAAUCCCAAGGAAAAUCCUAGGGCUGAUGGCUGGUGCUUAAUUUUCUGAAGUUCCUGGUCAGGAAGAUAAGUUUGGAGUGUCAAGCUUUCCCUCUCAAAACCCCGUGUAACAACGGUGGUUGAUGGAGCCGGCCGAAGUUUCUUGCUUAAAUAGAAAAAAAGUAGAAAAACACGAAAUUGAUAGCUCAGUUUGUUCUUACUUUAUAACUGUAAAAAGGUAGGUCAGUAAAAUUUUCGUAUCCUUUGAUUCAGCUUGUUUUUAUUUCUUUAUUUUUGCGUGAUUUUUUUUCUUUUCAGAUUAUUUGUUAAGCAGAAUUGAAAAUCUUCCAGGAGUUGUUGAUGAGCUUAAUUCAAAGUUUACUUCUUACCAGCAAGAUUACAAAGGUGCGAGCUCAAGUGUCUAAAGCUAAGUUAUCAUUUUCAGGAAAUGCUUGUCUUUGAAAUUUACUGUUUGAUAAUAUCUAAAAUGUCUUAGAUAUUCUACAUAAAUCAUUAAUAAGUGUCUUAAAUCAUGGCUGUUUUUUUUGUUCAUAUUUAGGCGCAGCUCCAUGUGCCUGCUGUAUUGGGUCAUUCUCACAUCAGCUCAGCGAAUGUAUUCUGAACGCUAAGGCUACCUCACACAUGGCUCCCACUCAAGAAUCCGCAGGUCAGCGGUACAAUAGGAAUCAUAUAUGAAGUACCUACCAUGCUAACAGGACAUUUGCCCAUUACCUUAAGCCGCUUUUGCAAAGCUUAUUCUGGUUCUCAUCCUUUCUUAUGAAAAUGUCUUUUCUUUCACAUGCAAAUAAAAGUGAUUUUCGUACGAGUUGUCGUGCACCAAGCCUCUCUUGUAUCAAGAGCCUUAGUAAUAGUGCAACUCGUAAAUUGUCCAUUUUUUCCGUUUUCAUGCUUUCAAUUUUGUCCCGGCGUUCAUCCACAACAAAAUGAGAAAAAUAGUGCAGUGAAAACGGAGAUUACGUGACUGAUCGAUCCCAUUCAAGUAAAAUACCUUAACGUGAAAAGGUGAAAAUAUUGAAGAUAGGAGGAAAACUUUAUAGUAUGGAUGUGAAGGAGGAGGGAUUGUUUAAAAAAGGACCUUUGUGGACAGAAUUCACUCGAGUCUUCAGGAUUUGAUCUACAGAUGUGAGAGUUGACAUCUUAUUAUUUUGUGGGAUUUUGACUUUGAAGACAGAGAUUAACUUGUAUUCCGCUGAGCCGUGUUAAAAUGAUUUUCUUCUCCAUUUUGUAGAUCUUCAGUCAUUUAGUGUGUCAGCUGGCAGGGAGUCACUGGAAUUGUUAGCACUUUAUAAGCAAACCAAUCCAGGUCAGCAAUUUACUGAACAUAAUCUUAGUCAAACAAGUAGUUUGGUUCCAAUUCUUGGUUGUGUUGCGUGAUAUUGUACCUAGCUAGAAGCGUUCUAACGCUACAUUGCAACAGCUGCCAACCUUUUGUGGACACUUGGUGAUAGUAACCUUCCUUUCUUUUGACAAAAGAUUGUGUUAUGUCGGUCACAGCAAUUGUUUGAAUGUUUGGUUAUUACAUGUUCGUCUGUUUGUUGCUCUUGUAGAUCCAAAUGCUAUUGCUGAUAAAGUCAAUUCCGUUAAAAAGCAGAUCACCGACAUCAUCAAAGUAGCUGAGGUGAGUCCAUCUUGGUUAUAUUAGCUAGGGAAGUGGAUAAAAGUGGUGUACAGAUACAAGACCCACCCCCUCCGCGAAAAGACUGGUUGUUUCUUUGUGUAUCAUGAUUUUAUUUGCGUACUAACAAGUUUAAUUGAUUUUAUGAACAGGCUCUUGCACCUAAAGAGAAGGAUAACAUGGACAGUAUUGGUGGUGAAGUCGAGGAUGAAAUAAAUGCCACUGCUGAGGUGAGAUAGAUCUCCUUUUUGCGGUGGUUGUUUUAAGUCUUUGUGUUUUUCGUCAACCAUCUGAGAUUUCUUUUGUCAUAUUUUAGCUUGUCGCAGAUUCAGCAGCCAGAAUUGAGGUAAAUAUCUACCUAACAUCCGCCUAAUUUAUUCUUAUAUGUCUUGAAGGUUUCUGUAAUUCCCAGUUUGGCUUUGUUGGAUGGUCAUAUCUAGGGGAAGGUUGUUCGUCCUUUGGUAGCGUUUAUUUUACAGUAAUCUUUUCUGCAAUGCGUAUUUCCGCCUUUUUGUCAGCCAGUCAAAAUUUGGGACGUGCAGUUGGUUCAAAUUCAUAUUUUGGAUCAAUUCCUGCUUUGUUGCCUGUUCUUAGCUUUUAGAUUCGGUGGAAAUUUACGACCAAAGUUCUUCUUAGAAAACAACUUUUGUUAGAAAUUCCACCUUUCGCCCUUACUAUAUAUAUUUUUGUUAAUUUCAGGAAAUGAUCAACAAGUCGCGGGAAAAAUACACUGGUGUUCAACUUGAAGUAAAUGGAAGGUAUGUACUUCUAUUUUUAAUGAAGCGGUAAAAUAAUGUGGAACCUUUUUUAUCACUCAGAAGUUUUGAUCAGCCUAGACAUCAUUACGUCACGUGCCGAUAAUUGCCUUUUGAAUAAUUGCCUACGGACAAUGAUCUGCUCAGGCGCAAAAGAGACAAAAAAAAGUUGUGUUCCUUUGUUUUGCUGAAAACAAUGCCCUGCAAAUAGAGUGAAGAAAAGCAAUGAAAUAGUCAGUAUUUUGAAAUUUGCGAAGGAGAAGUUUGUUUGACACAUGUUCUGUCUUCUCUUUACAGAAUUCUAGAUUCCUGCACUGCAUUGAUGGAGGUAACUAAUUUAUAACUUAUUUUUGCAACAUGAGAAGAACUGUGAUAUGAAACGAAUGUUGUCAACGACGUAAGAAAAACUGUCGCAUAGUUCUGUACAUUCUUCCCGGGAGGGGGGUGUUCUCCCUCAUAUGACCUUUAUGGGGAUGUACCACUGGACAGUGUAUGGUUUUUGUCCUCUCUGUCCUAAACAGGGUAUAUAAUUUUGGGUGCCUGCACGAUUAUUUUAGUUGCUUGCUGAAAUUUCUUUGUACUCCAAGAAUACAAAAGCAAUGGCCACAACGUGAAUUAGUUCUAUUGUGCAAUGCCAAUAAGUGGCUUUAAAAUAAGACGAAGUGCAUUUGGUCGCUUGUCCUAAAAGGGGCAAUAAACUUGAAGUUGUUGUCUUAAACAGGGUAUUUAUUUUAGGAUUUUUUUCCUAAACAGGGUCAUGGUUUUAAACCCUCACCUAUAACCAAAUUCUGUUCGAGUACCCUCCCCCACGGGACAUUCUUUCAGUUUUUAGGUGUGGGCGAGAAAAUUAGAGCCGUAUUGUAUCACAUUUACAGACAAAACAGUUUGUUUAGUAGGCGUCUGGGUUCGAGCCUUCGGCUGUACGAUCGCGUCGUUUCGCUAGACAAUAAGCUUUGUUUUACCUCGUCCUCUCUUUAAUCAUACUGCUGGGGUGAAGGAUGAUACUUCGAUAGGUUAGCUCCUCGUGUAGGGCGGCGUAUUGGAACGUGAAGCUGGUUUAUGUCUGUAGAAAACGGGAUGAGCCUUGGCUACGUGUUAGACAGUAAUGCCAACUGUACCCUUUCCUUACGUUACUAAAGAGGGUAACUAAGAAAUUAAUCAACGGGUAUUCGAAAGACGUAAAAGCGAAUAUUUUUACGUAUCAUAUCUAACCUCAGACGUUUGCUCUCAAGUAUCUCACAAUCUUCAGCAAAUGGUGUUGGCUGUUGCAUCUUUAUUCAGUAUUCUUUUUUGAAUAGAGGUCGGGGAUUAAUGUUUCCCUUAUGUGCAACCAUUUUUUUCCACGUGACCGAACUGAAGUCAGGUGACGACACUUGAGCUAUCUUUAUUCGUUAAAUAUAGGCCGAGACAGGACUGAAUGCACUGUUGUUAGAAACAAACCUUUGAGCUUAGAUUUAUUAUAUCAAAUAAGUAUAACUAAGCUAUUGUACGCGCUUUGACUGCAAUACCUAUUUUCAACAAUAUUAGCCUCAUGAAACCCAAACUUUACAUGUUAAGUAUAUCAUUUUUGAAGGUUUAAUAUUUCAGACAUUCAGCUGAAAGAAAUGAGGAUGUUACAAAAACGGGGAUCGGGGAACGGGAAAAAUGGAAACAAAACAUAACUUUAACCAUAUCCUUACCUUCAUUACCUCUACUGUGUUUUGCUCCCAUUUUUUCAUUUUAUCGUUCCUGGUGCUUGUUACCCCUUUCCUGAUUCCAGUUCCCCGUUUUAGUAACAUCCUAAGAAAGAAAGGUACCAUAUUACUUAAAUUGUAAUUUGCAUAUGAUUUCAGGCAAUAAAGAAGUUAAUAAUGAAGUCCAAAGUGUUACAAAAGGAGAUUGUCGACGAAGGCAGGGUGCGUAUUACAAAUUUACAAGAUAAACUGCCAAUAAAGUACAAAAACGCCUCGGUGACCUGACCAACCCUACAUGGUUGGCCCAAAGGAGAAAACUGGCCUCAUCAGGAGAAUUAAACAACUUUGCACGCCACUGAUUCUUGUCAUUUGUUUUUCAGGGUCAAGCUACAGCAAAAGAGUUUUACAAGCGCCAUCACCGCUGGACUGAGGGGCUCAUAUCAGCAGCUAAGGCAGUAGGGUGGGGAGCCAAGGUGCUCGUGUAAGUACAGAAUUUUAAUUUCCGCAUGAUUGUCGUAUACGGUGGUUUUUUGUGACCUGCUUUAGAACUUAACGAAACAACUACGUUCCGUUGUGAAGAACCGCGAAAUAUAGCGGUCUCAGUUAUUUUUCAAAGAUUUGCGAUUUUUACCAAUCAAUAUUUUUGAAAUAGCAGCGUCUACUGGUCCGGUUUUUGUGUGUAAAAUGCUGACAAAACAUUAGGACGAGUUGUAGCUCUCAAUACGAUCUGAUUUAGUGCUUCUCUAGAAGUUUUUUCAGAUUAGUUAUUUGAGUCAUCUUCAAAAGAUGAUCUUGCAAAAGAGUGAAUCUUAAUGUUAUUUUCAUUAAAGCGACUCUGCUGAUAAAGUUGUUCAAGGGCAAGGCAAAUUUGAAGAGAUCGUAGUGGCUUCCAAUGAGAUCACAGCAAGCACUGUUCAGCUGGUGAGUAAAACUACAGUGUAUUAGAGACUUUUGUUUAGGUUUGAGGCUUAUGAACACUGCCAAGGCCCUUCCCUUCGCCUCUGCACACGGACAAUCUCAACCAGAAGGCAUUGUUGUGUUAUUCAUAAUCAGCAAAUGCAAACGAACUGUAAGGAAUACAAACCAUUAACAUUCCCAAAGCAACAGAAAAGGGCGGGUCGUAGUCUUUUCUACGUAUUAAGGGACCGGGUGGUGUCUUUUAAGUGUUUUCCCAGGGAUGAACUUUCUGCCUGCUCGUGACCUCUCUUUAGGUACCUGUGACAUUUGUAACAACUGUGAGCUCGUACCUCCCUGAUCCUCGGGGAAAACAUCUCUGGUAAUAAAUCCUACUGUCUCUUGGUGUUUUGAUAUUACUGAAUUUAAGUAAUUCUCAUUUCUUUCAUCUGUUGGUUGAUGUAGGUAGCAGCGUCUAGAGUGAAGGCUCGACAAGCGAGCACUGCGUUAUCAGGACUACAGGGGGCCUCUAGAAAUGGUUUGUUUCAGUUACUGACUUAAAAUGUAUCUUUAUUGCAACCCCCCCCCCCCCUCGCCACAUUUAUACACAGCACUAACCGCUUGUUUUCUUCUGGUCUCUUAACCUCCGCUCAAAAUGUUCUUUCCCCAAGGGACUUUCCCCUGUUCCUGUACCGCGUUCAAACGCUACAUUUGUCAGGAUCCCUUCAUUUACAUUAACGCUUUUGUGUAGUCGGAAAAUGUAAGGUAAUGUAGUAAUUGCAACAAAGAUAAAACUAUAGUUCAAAGUUAUUAGACCUGACCUUGUUUAUUCAAUGGACAUUUGAAUGCCCCCUUUCUCAAAAAAGAGAAAAAUUUCGGUAGUUCUUCGGGAAGGUAAGACUCAGAACAUUGUUGAUGGAAAGUAUUCAACCGUAUUUCCGCUGUAUCGGACACUGCGCUAACAUUAUUUGAAAUAAGCAGGUUUCUUAUUUUCUUAUUUCUUGAGUUGUAUCUGUUCAGUACGCGUGAUUUCAAUGUGGAAUUUUAUGAUCUGUUUCAGUUGUCGAGUCUGCUGCCGGUGUGGUAGCAUCUGCGAAGACUGGAGCUGAAAUGAUUGAAGACAGCAGUAAGUUAUUUUUAUUUCCACCUGACCAUCCACCCGGAACCUUGCGCGCUUAUUUUCAAACUUUACUACUUGUGACCAUCAUGACCAAGUUCUACUUAAGCAGUUGUCAAUCAUAGAACCAAAUUUCGAGUCACCCGUUCGGCAUUGAACAGCAGUUAAGUACUGCUCUCAAGCUCUCAUUUGAAAGUUCAGUUUCGAGUAGAAACGGGAAAACAAUACCCUUAGCCCAGUGUCUGGAUUUUCGAAGACAUCCUAAGUUGUCUACCUAAUGUAGGCACUUGUUAGGAAACAAGACGUGGAAUAUAUAUAUAUUGACUUGAGAGGGGAUAGUGUUUCAGUCCAGCGCUUGGCCAAUACAUUUUCUUCACUAGGUCUAUUAGGAGGAUGGUUCUCCUGCUCCUCAUAUUAUACUUGUUAAGGUCAGUCCCUUAGCUCUUGUAGACUAGUGUGUAAGCUCGCAAACUCCCUGCAAUGUUUUUUUCCGUAGAAGCUGUUCCAGAUUAUUCCAAGCUCACUCUCACGCAAGCAAAGAGACUGGAAAUGGAGUCUCAGGUGCGUAAAUCUCAUUUUAACCUUGUCACUUUUAACAGUGGUCAACUUGAAAAUUUAUUAAACAAACUUCUAAACUUCUUUUGUAAAAUCCAAAGAAUAAAAUUGUUCUAUGCAAAUGAUCCGCCAGCGACGUUUUAUAGUAUAUGAAUGGUAACACUACAGAGUUUUGCAAAUGCAUUCCAAAGUUAGAAUAACUUAUCAUCUCACCAUGACUCAGUCUAGGACUGAAAGGGUCAAUCAACCCCUCUUCUUUCUACAGUUGUAAAAAUAAAAAUGCAAUUGUAUAACAAGAUGGAAAUAGUCACAGUUAGGUUCACCCUGCCAGCAGAGCCUUUCUUUCACUGGUUUGAUUUUAGUGCACUCGAGAAAGACUCUGCAUAAAUCGCGUAAGAUCUUUGUUGAGCAUGCGCGGCAUGUUGCUAAGAUGUAGUUUCGAACCCAGGCCUAAUAGCCGUGUGCUUGCUACAGCAGGCUCGGUUAUGACUAUCGGUUUAUCAAUAAACGGAUGCUCGCACUCAAAAAAACCAGUUUGACGAGAGAGAACAAGGUUGAAUAGUCUACGACGACCUCAAAGAUUUGACGUGAUUCAGGCAGAGCUUCCUUUUCUCCUCCUCACUCAAGAAGACAAAAGGAAACUCUACUCCCAGAGUGAGUUAGGUUUUACUUGUGAUUGGAGGUCCAGGAACGAUAUUUUUGUUUGGAUAUUUUUCGCUUUGUCAGCCACGCUUUGGUACCAGUUUCACUGUUUAUCAUUUGAAAUUGCCUGUUUCUACUAUACGUUUAGGUUCGAGUCCUUGAACUUGAAAGUCAAGUGACCAAAGAGCGUCAAAAACUAGGAGACCUGAGGCGAGCGCACUACCAACUGGCCGGAGUGGAGGAAGGACUAGGAACUGAGUAACCAGGUGCUUUAUGCGAAGAGUAUGUGAUGAGAUGUUUUAGAUUGAAAUUAACUAAAAUACCGCGCCCAACCCCGUUUCACUCUGCUCCCACACCUGGAUGCAUGUGCGAUCUGUACCAAUUUUCAAAUAUAAACCAAAACAUUUAAGGCAAACACAACUUCAAAUGUAACCAUCUUGCGUGAUACAGUCAAACGUCUCUAUUACGAUUCCCAAAGGAACAAAAUCAAGUGUCGGUAUUUAUAUGGAGGUGGGAAUUGUGUAACCUUUGGUAUCUUUGGGACCAACAGUACGGUGCAGAACAGUUCAGUACAGUACUGGGACCCAAUGAACUGCUCGUAGUAGAGGGGUGUCCUUGUGAAGAGAUUCGACUGUAAAGGGAAAAUAAACAGUGAAAUUCCUGUUAUACACUUUUGAAUAGCCAAAAUGUCCAGAAAAUUUAAUAAACAUUUCAUGACACAAACUUAAGCACGCGGAAUACUCACGGAAUUUUUUACCUAACACUGUAGGAACAUGACAAUUGAAGUUUAGUUCAAGAAACAAAGAAAGCUGGCACUGGUAUCGCGAGUACAAAAUAAAAAGGAACAUAAUAAAUGUCACGCCUGCUUGAUGUUUGUGCUGGAUUGCAUGACCUAGUAAAUUAGCUAUCUUGGAUUGGACUUGUGGCUUUCCAGUCGGCCCAAUGUACGUUUUGUCAAGUGAACUCUCUUCUAUGACGUCGUUAUACCGCUUAAGAUGCUGGGACCAAAUUCCCAUUUUUAAAAGUUAGGUCAGAGCCUGCUAGACUGUAUCGCUGGACAAAUAAGAUUAUUUCAUUGACAAUCAACAUGGAGUGCAGAUGAAUCCCAAUUGACAAUUGGAAUCGGCAAAGUGAAGUACACUAUAGUUCUUGGAAUUUUCUCAGCUGACUAAAAACACGUCCUAACGCAUAUCGCAUCUCAUGAGUAGGCCUCAUACCUGGAAAAUCUUCCGCUACGACAGCUUUUUAGCUUGGCUCCUUGAGGGUGCUCAGAGUUUUCAGUUUUACGACAUCUCAAAUUUCUUU